AUGCCUCAGCGAAGUCAAAACGGGAAUUUCAAACUCAAAUUUCUCGUCACAAGUCGUCCUUACGGUGAUAUCGAGCGAAGAUUUGCCAACAUGACUCGUCAAUUUCCAUCUAUUCGCCUCGCAGGCGAAGAUGAAUGGAGGGGUGUCAGUCAAGAAAUUGAUAUGGUGAUGAACGCUAGAGUGGAUGAGAUCAUAAGAGAAAGAAAUCUCUCUCGUGAUAUUGGGGACGCUGAGAAGCGCCGAUUAUCUAUGGCCGAAAACAGGACCUAUGUAUGGCUAAAUCUAACCUUGGAUUUCCUUCGGGGUUUUCAUGGUAAUACACAGGCUAAGAUUCUGCGAGAAAUUGAUAGAUUACCAGAGACCGUUGAUCAAGCGUACGAAAAGAUCCUGCAGCGGUGCAACAGCAGGUAUCACGGAGACGGAAGAAGACUGCUGGAAAUUAUUGUCGCAACACACCGGCCACUAGACCUCUCCGAGAUUGAUCUUGUGCUAGAAAUUCAUGAAGCCUGCAGAUGUUUCGAAGACUUGGACCUUGAAGGUCCCGAAAAGCGCAAGCAGUGGAUACGCGAUGUAUGCGGCUUGUUCGUUAGCGUUAUCGAUUCACGAUUGUAUCUGAUUCAGCAGACUGCGAGGGAAUUGCUACUACAAGAGGGACCUGAGCCCGCUGCGCCAGGUACAUGGAGACGUUCCAUAGAUCUACGUCACGCGCACCUUCUCCUUGCAAAGCUCUGCAUCACAUAUCUCAGCUUUGAGAACUUCAAGAUGCACGAUCACGAUUAUGACCCGGACAUCCCUGAGAAUGCAUUUUCGAGGUAUUCUGCAGCACACUGGACAUCCCACGUAAGACAAGGUCACAGUCUAGGGCAUGGAUGGGUUCAAAAAGUGAUCAUUUUGUGCGAUAAAAGAGGUCACUCUAAAUACUGGACUCGCUAUCCUACAUUUGAUCUUGGGCAGAUGAUUCCGGUCGUGCUGUCCAAGAAGUGGUCGUGCUUGCAUUGGGCAACGUUCUUAGAUCUCACAGAGGUUGUGCACUCGCUUAUUGACGAGCGAAACAUGAAGAUCGAUGAAGAUGUGAUACGGGCUGCGGUGACGAAUAGUGGAGGUGGAGCAGAGGUGCUGAAGCUUCUUCUCGACCGUGCAGAUAUCAAGAUCACUAAGAGGAUUAUCGAGAUCGUUGCAUCGAAUAUGGAUUAUGGAGAGCAAAUGAUGCAGAUUUUGUUUGACCAACGAGGGUCAGAGAUGAGGAUCACCGAAGAUAUAAUCUAUUGGGCUGCGUCAAACCAACCGAAGGGUGAAGCGAUCACGAAGCUUCUCCUCGACUACAGAGGGGCGGACAUCAAGAUCACCACAAAAGUAGUUUAUGGUGCUGCAUUCAAUUUUCGGAAUGGUGGUAAAGUGAUGAAGUUGCUUCUCAACCGAGGAGCAGAGAUCCAGGUUGCCGACCAAGUGGUCGAGGCUGCUGCGUCAUUUUGGCCAGAUAGGGACGAGGUAAUGGAGCUUCUGCGCCGCCGACGAGCAGCGGAUCUCAGAGCUGGAUUAUCUCAUUUAUUAUGA